AGAAAAUUUUAAAAUCAAAUAAUUCCCAAAAAGGUCCAAACCUUUCCCCCCCUUUAUAAUCUCACUUCUUCAUCUUCAUCCACAAACACAGGAAUCUCCUAAAAUCUAACAAUGGCUGCUGCGAUUGCAAAAUCACUGCUCUUCCUCUCGCUCUUUCUCGCGCUGGCAUGCGCCGCGGACAUGUCGAUCAUCUCCUACGACGAGAAGCAGCUGACGGCGAUGCACGAGUCGUGGAUGGUGAAGCACGGCAAGUCGUACAACGCCCUGGGCGAGAAGGAGAAGCGAUUCCAGGUUUUUAAGGAGAAUCUGAGGUACAUCGAGGAGCACAACGCCGCCGAGGGGCGGACCUACAAGUUAGGCCUCAAUCGCUUCGCCGAUCUGACCAAUCAGGAGUACCGGAGGAGGAUGCAUCUCGGGACGAGGCCGCGGAGGCUCGCCGCGAAGAAGAGCGAUCGCUACGCGUUGAGAGACGGCGAUGUCUUGCCUGACUCAAUCGACUGGAGGACCAAGGGCGCGGUGGCUCCGGUCAAGGAUCAGGGCAGCUGUGGAAGUUGUUGGGCGUUCUCUACAAUUGUUGCCGUAGAAGGUAUCAACCAGAUCAAAACUGGAUCUUUGAUCUCACUUUCCGAGCAAGAACUGGUGGAUUGUGAUACGUCUUAUAACCAAGGGUGCAAUGGUGGUCUCAUGGAUUAUGCAUUUGAGUUCAUUAUCAAAAAUGGUGGGAUUGACUCAGAAGAAGAUUAUCCUUACAAGGGAAGGGAUGGCAGAUGUGAUACUUACAGGAAAAAUGCCAAAGUUGUGUCGAUCGAUGGUUAUGAAGACGUACCUGUGAAUAAUGAGAAGGCGCUGCAGAAGGCAGUUGCCAGCCAACCAAUUAGUGUUGCCAUUGAAGCCGGUGGUAGGGACUUUCAACUCUAUCAAUCAGGUAUAUUCACUGGGAAGUGUGGGACGAGUUUGGACCACGGUGUGGCUGCUGUUGGGUAUGGCACUGAAAACGGAAAGGACUAUUGGAUCGUUAGGAACUCUUGGGGCUCAAGCUGGGGAGAGGAGGGGUAUCUUAGGAUGGAGCGCAACGUUGCAGCUAAAACUGGUCUUUGUGGGAUUGCCAUAGAGCCCUCGUACCCAACCAAGACAGGCGCAAACCCCCCUAACCCGGGUCCAUCUCCUCCGUCCCCACCACCAAAGCCAUCAGUCUGUGACGAAUACUAUGAAUGCCCUGAGAGCACGACCUGCUGCUGCGUCUUUGAGUACGGAAAGUACUGCUUCGCAUGGGGAUGCUGCCCUCUCGAGGGUGCCACUUGCUGCGAGGACCACUACAGUUGCUGCCCACACGAGUACCCUGUGUGCAACGUGUAUGCCGGUACCUGCUCAAUGAGCAAGGACAACCCGCUCAGCGUGAAGGCGAUGGAACGCGUUCUUGCCAAACCCAUUGCCUUCGGUACACAAGGCCUCAAGAGUGACCUUUGAGAUAUUUGAGAUUGAAAGAAGGUGAAAGAAGGCAACUGAAAUCAGAAGGUGUAUGGAAGUUGUGGUUUGUACAUGAUGCUCGAUUUGCUUCAGGUUUGAACCUUGAAAAAAACCAAGCAGAGAUUCUUGUGUAUAGUUGGAUAUUUGUUUUAUGAUUAAGAUGUAACAAUUCGCAUAAUUAUUAUAGUAGUACCUUUUCACUUCGUACAUUGAUGAUUAUUUAUCAAGUUUGCUCCCAUUUAUGCUA